AUGCUAGAAGACAACAGCCUUGACAGCAUCACCGGCCUCUCAACCUUGAAAGCCAUGCGCAUCAUUCGAUUGACACGAGUGCUGAAGACAGCCCACUUCAUUCGCAUCUUUCGCUUCAUCAUGGCCUUGCGGAUGCUGGUGCAGUCGAUCAUGCACACCGUGAAAGCCCUCUUUUGGGCCUUUCUGCUCUUAACCUUGAUCGUCUACGUCUUCGCGAUACUCUUCUCUCAGGCUGUUUACGACUACAUCAGCGACCCGACAAACCCGCCGUUGCCCGAUGUGGCCCAGGAAGCUGCCAAUCGCUAUUUUCGGAGCCUGGUGCGAAGUAUGAUGGCGCUGUUCAUGAGCAUUGCCGGCGGAGUGAGUUGGGAGGAGGUCAUCAAUCCCCUGUCGUAUGUGUCCGGCUUUUGGGAGGCUCUCUUCCUGUUCUUCAUCCUUUUCUCAUACCUGGCGGUGUUGAACGUGGUGACCGCAGUCUUCUGCCAUGCAGCCAUCGAGUCAGCUCAGAAGGAUCAUGCCACGGUGGUGCAGAACAUGCUGGACAACAAGGAGCAGCAUCUCCAAAAGUUGAAAUCCUUGUUUGAGAAGAUCGGUGAUCGGGCGGCUGGUGGCAUUACUUUCGGCAUGUUCGAAGAGAAAAUCACCUCCCCGGCAGUUCGUGACUACUUCGAGACGUUAGGCUUGGAUGUGUGGGACCCGUGGGCGUUCUUCAAGCUUCUGGAUGUCGACGGGGGCGGUGUCGUGGAGUUGGAGGAGUUUUUUCUUGGUUGCCUCCGCUUCAGCGGCGAGGCCACAGCCAUGGAAGUGGGAAAGCUGGCUGCCGACCAGAGGUGGCUGAUCAAAAGCCAGGGAAACUUCCAGAAGUUAGUUGAAGCCGAGCUCCUUCAGACGAAGGAGCUUCUGGCGAUCGUGUCUCAGGCGAUGCUCAAUGCCACUGCCAAAGACGGCCAACUUUGUUCGACGGAGCUGUGA